UCUCUCACUCCCAUUUCAUCCAUCCAGGGUGACGCCACGCCACUCACCCCGCCCCGUUCGACUCGGUCCACCCCGCGUUCAUUUCAUUCCUGCUCCCAUUCCGCGCAUAUUUGGCAUCCUUGGAGAGAGCCGAGUAUUUUGACUCACUCAGCGCGCCGCGUCCACCAUCAAAGCGACGCCGGCUGGACACUCGCAAGGCACCGGAAGACUCGCUCAUGUCGCAGGGGGCUCCAAAGUGUGGGAAUUAAGCGGGAAAGAAGCGAAUGAAUCGAAGGCUUCCUGGGAACUGCUCUCGGAUUUCUGUCCCAACUUUUUACUUCUCUACGAUUGACCAUUUUUAGGCGGAAUAUUUCUGGCCUACCAGAAAAACCCACUAGUUUUCUGUGCUGUUUUGUGUGCUGCCGAUUAGUCGACUUUAGCUGCCAAUAUGGAGCGCAGCAGCUGGAGCGGCAGCGAGAGUGCCGGGGAAGAUAUGGACAGAUUGAGUGACUCUGGAGGAGACAAAACUAUAGAUGGGGACCCCGAGGGGGUGUGGAGCCCUGACAUUGAGCAGAGCUUCCAAGAAGCCCUUGCUAUCUACCCACCCUGUGGAAGAAGGAAGAUUAUACUGUCGGACGAAGGAAAGAUGUAUGGUCGAAACGAGUUGAUAGCCAGAUACAUCAAACUCCGCACAGGAAAAACACGGACAAGAAAACAGGUAUCAAGUCAUAUCCAGGUCUUAGCCAGAAGAAAAUCAAGGGAGUUUCAAUCCAAAAUAAAGGAUCACAAUGCCAAGGAGAAAGCUCUGCAGAGCAUUUCGUCCAUGUCCUCUUCUCAGAUUGUCUCAGCCACUGCAAUACACAGCAAACUGCUACCUGGAAUAGUGCGGGCCAACUUUCCUAACACACAGCUGUGGCAAGGGAUGAUCCCUGGUGGACAAUCCAGUUCCGCCUCAGAAGACAUCAAGCCAUUCUCACAGCAAGCCUACUCAGUGCAGACAGCAGGGACGACCACAAUCACAGGUUAUGAUCGUCCUCCAGCCGCCCAGUCACACAGAGAGCCAGCAUGGCACGGCCGCUCUAUCGGCACCACUAAACUACGACUGGUGGAGUUCUCAUCUUUCCUGGAAACACAAAGGGACCAAGAAGCAUACAACAAGCACCUGUUUGUGCACAUCAGUCAGAGCAGCACGACCUACAGCGACCCCCUGCUGGAGUGUGUGGACAUCAGACAGAUCUACGACAAGUUCCCAGAGAAGAAGGGUGGCCUCAAAGAGCUGUUUGGAAAGGGCCCCCAAAACGCUUUCUAUCUCAUCAAGUUUUGGGCGGACCUAAAUUACAACGUACAAGAAGACCCGGCUGCCUUCUACGGCGUCACCAGCCAGUAUGAGAGCUCGGAGAACAUGACCAUCACCUGCUCCACCAAGGUGUGCUCCUUUGGCAAGCAGGUCGUCGAGAAGGUGGAGACGGAGUAUGCCAGGUUUGAAAAUGGACGUUUUGUCUACAGAAUCAGUCGCUCUCCAAUGUGUGAAUACAUGAUCAACUUCAUCCACAAGCUUAAACACCUGCCAGAGAAAUACAUGAUGAACAGCGUCCUAGAGAACUUCACUAUUCUGCUGGUGGUGAGCAACAGAGACACUCAGGAGACGUUGCUUUGCAUGGCCUGUGUGUUUGAGGUGUCAAACAACGAGCAUGGGGCACAGCACCACAUCUAUCGUCUUAUCAAGGAAUAACACACUCGCACACAUAUGGCCUUUAUUUUUUUAGAAAUGUCUGAAAAUACAUUCUGUAAAAGUGUCUUUCAACCAACAACACUAGUAAGAAAAAAUGAUGCGCGGUCACAACUAUGACACUGAUUUUUUAAUCCAUAGCAGAUUUAACUUUAAACGUUUCCCCAACACAAUCAUUCCAAAAAGUGUAUAAACAGUGGUACCUUGGUUUUCCUUUCAAAAAGGACUGAAAACUAAAUCCAUUUCUCCCAUGAGAAAUAAUGUAAAUCCUAAUAAUCCGCUCCAAAAAAAAAAAUAUAGACAGAAAACUUAUUUUAUUGAGAAUAUUUGUAGUUUUACAUGCAGAAAACAAUGCAAAAUACACAAAGAUUGCGAGGAGCACAGAGGGAGGGAGAACUUUGCUAUGAGUUAUUUAUUGAAUUAUAGUGUUUCUCAUCUUCUUUAUCAAAGUGAUGGCACUUGAAACUUUUCUUGCCCCCAUAGUGACUUAUUCUUCAGCUAUUCUCCAUAAAGAAACAAUAAGACUGAGUCAGUAAUGCAUGGGAUUCUUUGUGUGGGCACUCAAUUAAGACUUACUAGUGUUUGGCAGUACAAUAACAAGACGGUAUACAGAAACCUGGGCGAUUUUUUUGAAAACCGAAUCUUACCAAAAGUGGGUUGUACGAAAACCGAGGUACCACAUGGCUCAUGAGCUACUCCAAAAUCCGUCUGAUUACAUGAAAAUUGAGGCUUUCCGAACAUUUUCAUCAUCCAACAAAUUGCUUCUCCAUUCACUUCUACUUCACUGAUGAGAAAUACAAGUUAUUUGCCUUGUGAAGUCAAAACAAAGUAAAAGUAAUUAAGGAAGUAUCAUUGUAGCAAUUUUUUUUUUUGCAAAGGCAUAUCUCAAUCUGUGUGUGUGUGUGCGUGUGCGCGUGUGUGUGUGUGUGUGUGUUCUGGCAAUGCUUACUUAAUGGGGACAUCGCUCUGUUUACACAGUCACCUUUAGGGGACCUCUGACGGUAUGGGGACAAAAAAACAGGUACCCUAAAGCCGCGGCCCGGUACCUGUCCGUGGAUCGAUUGGUACCGGGCCGCACAAGAAUAAAAAAUGAAAAAAUAAAAACUUUAAAAAAAAAAUUUAAUCAACAUAAAAAACACAAGAUACACUUACAAUUAGUGCACCAACCCAAAAAACCUCCCUCCCCCAUUUACACUCAUUCACACAAAAGGGUUGUUUCUUUCUGUUAUUAAUAUUUAUGGUUCCUACAUUAUAUAUCAAUAAAGUUCAAUACAGUCUGCAGGGAUCCGUAAGCACACAUGAUUGUAUUUUUUUAAUGACAAAAAAAAUAAAAAAUAAAUUAAAACAUUUUCAAGCGUUGACCGGUCCGCAGUUACAAAAAGGUUGGGGACCACUACCCUAAAGGGAAACCUUUUUAAAUGAUAGUCAGAUCCAUUCCGAAGAUGCCUAAGGGAUUUUUAAGCUUUGGCCCAUAAAACAUGUUUACUGGUUAGUUUGAGUGUGAGACAUUUGCACAGCAGCCCCCUCAUCGGGCUGUAGCUGGUACAUUUAAGUGGUGAAACUUUCUAUAAGAGGACAGCUGUAGUGCUGUAUUCUGAGGAUCAUGUCAUAUUUAAUUAGAACUUUUUUUUUUUUUUUUAAAUGGUCCUCAGUAGUCACUACAAAUUUGUGUGAAUUAUGCAAAAUUAUUUCAAUUUGGUCACCAUGAACCAUAUUAACUCUUUUUCCCCCAGGGUCCCCAGUAAGAAUGAUCAGCACAUUACUUCAUCAAUCCAGAAAUUUAAAGACGUGUAUGAGCUAACUGGCCAGUGGCCAUUUUACCUCUUUUUUUUUAUGCCUCCACAACCUGUAGAAAGGGUGCUCCCCACAAGUGAUGAUCAAAAACUUGGUCCCCAUUCCGAAUGAUAACCAGUAUAUAUGUGUGUGUGCGUGUGUGUGUGUGUGUGUGCGUGUGCAAUCAGAUCUGCGUGUCUGUUUUAAGAUUCAUGUGUGUUCGUGUUGCAAUUUGUGUGCGUGUAUAAAAACGUAAUCUGUCUGUGUCUUUGUUUAGGUAACAGAUUUGUGUGUGUGUUUGUAGAAAAAAUAUUGUCUAAACUAAGACACACAAUCGCAACACAAACAUAUUUUUUUACACACACAAAUCGCAACACGGACACAAAGAUUGUUUUAAAACUCAGAAAUCUAAACAGAGACACACAAACAGCAACACAGACGUUUUUUUGCCCCCACACAAACACACACACACACACACACACCAAUUUAAACACAAACCCUCAAAUCACAACACUGACAGAAACACAAGUACGCGCACACAAGUAUAAACAAAGACACAAAUUGCAACAGGGACAGACAGAUUUUCUUCACACACAAACACAGAAAUCUUAAUAAAGACACACAAAUUGCUACACGAACACACACAUAAAUUAGAAUACAGACAUGCAUAUCUGAUCACACACAGAUUGAGAUAAGCAUUUGCAAAUUAUUUUUGUUAUUUACAAUAAUAACAAAAAACCGUAAAUAAUGUUCCCCCCAUAGGUCGGUGUGUGUGAGUGUUAUUGUCGAGAUAAAGAUGGACACAAAAGGUCAGACCCUGUGUGUCAUCAAUAACACUGGAUGAAAUAACACCACUAUGUUGUCAUAUAAUAACACAACACAUGUGGUUUUAUAAACAUAGCAAUGCUAAAUUGUGUGAGUGGCAGUCUUGCGCACAAAAAAAGGUGUGUCCCAAAGAAAAUCUUUUUUCUUUUUUUUUUUUUUUGUAAACAUUUUUGUAUGUUUCUUCAAAAAAAUUAAAAAUUAGUCUCUACAUUUUGAAAAUUUGAUAUAAAUAGCAUAUUUUCUCUAUUUCAAUUCCAGCAACACAAUCUAAAGUGCAUGUUGAUAAGAAGUUAUACGACAAAUUGAAACAAUUCAGGUACAUUUAUGUGCAACAUUUUGAGGCAUUGAGAAUUCAAGUAAACUACAAGAGUCACUGCAGGGGAGAAUGUUAGCGAAGGAAGUCCACUUCCACUUGCCUGCUUGAGCUUCAACAGCACAGUUUUCUUUCCUACUUGUUGACCGGAGCACAUUCAAAUGAUUAAAGUGUUCUCUCCUCUCAUUAUCAAUGAAGUAAAACCAAAAAAAGUGUGUGCACUGUAGCAGGUGAUGUUUGCCGGUGUGUCCAUGUCAUGCCUUUAGCAGCAUGAAGUGCCUUUUGUCUGGAAACAACAAGUGUCUUCUUGGUCAGUGUCUUAGCUCAGUGAUAUUUUCCUUUCAUGAGUGGGAAUUGAAAAACAUAAAACUUUUGGUUUAUUUGAAUUGAAUUUCAAAAUGGGGGAAAAAAAUCAACAAUAGAUUUAUAUUUUAUAGUUCAUACAACAAAAAUGAAAACCACCAGUCAGCAGAAAUGAGGAAACGGACUGAAAAUAUGUUGUUGUUUUUUAAGAUAUUCUGACAUCAGAACACAUCUAUGAAGAUUUUAAUCUACAUUUCAAACUAUUCCAUGUGGUCUAGAUAUGAUGUAUUGGAUAUGCUACGGCGUACAUUUUGCUAAACAGUCCUUUUUAUAAGUCUAUGAGUCUGUCUGCAAGAUGAUCAAUUCUGGAGGCGUUCCCAGAUGAUACAAAACCCAAAACCAGUGAAGUUGGCACGUUGUGUAAUUCGUAAAUAAAAACAGAAUACAAUGAUUUGCAAAUCGUUUUUAACUUAUAUUCAAUUGAAUGGACUGCAAAGACAAGAUAUUUAAUGUUCCAACUGAGAAACUUAAUUUUGUUUUGCAAAUAAUCAUUAACUUAGAAUUUAAUGGCAGCAACACAUGGCAAAAAAGUUAGCACAGGGGUGUUUACAUGUGUUACAUGGCCUUUCCUUUUAACAACGCUCAGUAAACAUUUGGGAACUGAAAACACCAAUUUUGAAGCUUUUCAAGUUACAUUUUUUCCCAUUCUUGCUUGAUGUACAGUUUAUGUCGUUCAACAGUCCGGGGUCUCCAUUGUGGUAUUUUACGCUCCACACAUUUUCAAUGGGAGACAGGUCUGGACUACAGGCAGGCCAGUCUAGUACCCGCACUCUUUUACUAUGAAGCCACACUGUUGUAACAUGUGGCUUGACAUUGUCUAGCUGAAAUAAGUAGGGGCGUCCAUGAUAACGUUGCUUGGAUGACAACAUAUGUUGCUCCAAAACCUGUAUGUACCUUUCAGCAUUAAUGGUGCCUUCACAGAUGUGUAAGUUACCCAUGUCUUGGGCACUAAUACACCCCCAUACCAUCACAGAUGCUGGCUUUUCAACUUUGCGCCUAUAACAGUCUGGAUGGUUCUUAUCCUCUUUGUUCCGGAGGACACGACGUCCACAGUUUCCAAAAACAAUUUGAAAUGUGGACUCAUCAGACCACAGAACACUUUUCCACUUUGCAUCAGUCCAUUUUAGAUGAACUCGGGCCCAGCAAAGCCGGCUGCGUUUCUGGGUGUUGUUGAUAAAUGGCUUUCGCUUUGCAUAGUAGAGUUUUAACUUGCACUUACAGAUGUAGCGACCAACUGUAGUUACUGACAGUGGUUUUCUGAAGUGUUUCUAAGCCUAUGUGGUGGUAUACUUUACACACCGAUGUCGCUUUUUGAUGCAGUACCGCUGGAGGGAUCAAAGGUCACAGGCAUUGCCGCUUACGUGCAGUGAUUUCUCCAGAUUCUCUGAACAUUUUGAGGAUAUUACGGACCGUAGAUGGUGAAAUCCCUAAAUUCCUUGCAACAGCUCGUUGAGAAAUGUUGUUCUUAAACUGUUCGACAAUAUGCUCACGCAUUUGUUGACAAAGUGGUGACCCUCGCCCCAUCCUUGUUUGUGAACGACUGAGCAUUUCAUGGAAGCUGCUUUUAUACCCAAUCAUGUCACCCACCUGUUCCCAAUUAGCCUGUUCACCUGUGGGAUUUUCUAAAUAAGUGUUUGAUGAGCAUUCCUCAACUUUCUCAGUCUUUUUGUGCCACUUGUGCCAGCUUUUUUGAAACAUGUUGCAGGCAUCAAAUUCCAAAUGAGCUAAUAUUUGCAAAAACUAACAAAGUUUACCAGUUUGAACAUUAAGUAUCUUGUCUUUGCAGUCUAUUCAACUGAACAUAGCUUGUAAAGGAUUUGCAAAUCAUUGUAUUCUCUUUUUAUUUACCAUUUACACAAUGUGCCAACUUCACUGGUUUUGGGGUUUGUAAAUGAAACCAUGCCCACACUCUCCAAAAGUAUUGUAAUUUAUCUUUUGAAACAUAUACACUGUUUAAUAUCUUGAAGCCCUUUAAUCAGUCCGCUAUUCUUUGCUGAUUUAUUUUGCAUGAAACUUAUGAUUUGAUACUUUGGCAUUGUUUAACAGGGGUAUCCUACAUUGUAACAACUUUUAUAGAUCAGCAGGGACAAACUUCAUCAUGGGAACCUUUUAAAAACAAGACUGCGCUGCGGCCUUUUGUAAAAAAAAAAACAACAAUAAAACAUAGUGAGGUUGUGUCCUGCGUAAGAAAGACAUUCUUACGAUCUUUUUUUAUAUAUACUCUUACGUGUAGAGAUGUCGGAUAAUAUCGGCCGAUAAAUGCUUUAAAAUGUAAUAUCUGAAAUUAUCGGUAUCGGUUUUUUUAUUAUCGGUAUUGGUUUAUUUUAUUUUUUGUUUUUUUUGUUUUUUUGUAAUUAAAUCAACAUAAAAAACACAAGAUACACCUACAAUUAGUGCACCAACCCAAAAUACCUCCCUCCCCCAUUUACACUUAUUCACACAAAAGGGUUGUUUCUUUCUGUUAUUAAUAUUCUGGUUCCUACAUUAUAUAUCGAUAUAUAUCAAUACAGUCUGCAAGGGAUACAGUCCGUAAGCACACAUGAUUGUGUGUGCUCCUGGUCCACUAAUAGUACUAAACUUUAACAGUUAAUUUUACUCAUUUUCAUUAAUUACUAGUUGCUAUGUAACUGUUUUUAUAUUGUUUUACUUUCUUUUUUAUUCAAGAAAAUGUUUUUAAUUUAUUUAUCUUAUUUUAUUUUAUUAUUUUUUUAAAAAAUGACCUUAUCUUCACCAUACCUGGUUGUCUUAAUUAGGCAUAAUAAUGUGUUAAUCCCACGACUGUAUAUAUCGGUAUCAGUUGAUAUCGGUAUUGGUAAUUAAAGAGUUGGACAAUUUCAGAUAUCGGCAAAAAGCCAUUAUCGGACAUCCCUACUUACGUGAAUAUAAAAUGCAACAACAUUUUGUUGUUAUCUGUACUGUAAAGUUCAAAUUUUAAUGACAAUAAAGGAAGUCUAAGUCUUAAGACACAACACCACACUGUUUUUUUUUUUUAUUAUAAUUUUUUAUUCCGGGCUUAAGCUUGGUCUUGUCUUUGUAGUCAUUUUCUGUAUUUUUCAUUUCUGCUGAUUUUCAUUUUUGUUACAUGUCAUAUAAGAUGAAAAUCAAACCGUUAUCUCGAUUUAUUUUUUGCUCUUCGACACUGCAAAUGAAAACCAAUUUUUUUCAAUUUUGUAUUUAAAAGAAAAUUUAAUUCAACCAAUUGUUUUUUGUUUUUCAAUUCCCUAUUCAUGGUACAAAAAUAUCAACGACAAAAAAAAAAAAUACACUGCCCCUUUUCUUCUCUUUCACUAAAAAUCAGAUCUGUUGAAUGGAUUGAUCAUUACUUGGAGAACCAGGAACUUCUAAUUGCACAUGCUCCUAUACUGGACUCAUGUUUAAUGUUCAACGUCGUCUUGUAUCUCUUUUUAGUUCCCUCAGAAUGUAAAUGAAGUGUUCGGUUAUUUGGUAUGACAAGUGCUUGAGUCUGUGACCUAUGUGUGUAUGUACGUGCGCGCCACUGAACAUUGUCAGGUCGCUGAUUCAAACUAACGCAUUGUAUGAACUCUUUGAGAUGAGCCACUACUGAUACACUUCUAUACCACACAUGACGUGAAGUUGAUGCAUUUUUGCGUUACAUUCGAGGUCCUCUCACAUUGUCAUCAAUGUAGUUGAAAUCAACGUUUACUUUCCUAGUUGGAGCUUCAGGUUUUGUGUGAAGUAAAGGUCUACUUAUUCCCUAGGACGGGGGUCGGCAACCCAAAAUGUUGACAGAGCCAUAUUGGACCAAAAAUACAAAAACAAAAUCCUUCCGGAGCUGCAAAAAAUUAAAAGCCUUAUAUAAGUGUUAUUGGUGUAAGUGUUUAUAUUAGCUUUUAACUAUCAAAAUGACUAUGUUUCGCAGGCUGACGCAAAUCUUCGUUGAUAGAAAUGUUGAAAUGUAAUAUUUAUUCUACACAUUUUUGCAACAUUGGAAAACAUUAGUAAAACGGAGGCUUCUCAAGAGGGUGAGAUAACUCCUGGAAAUUGCUGGCUUUUAAUGGCCAAAGGUGUAGAUGUGUGUGUCCAAGUUAAAGGAAACAGCAGGCUGACUUCUGUUAAUAGAUUUAUUACAAUCUUUGCAAGCCGGGUAACGUUUGCUGUGGUCUGGAACAACAUGGCUCACAAACAACUAUCAGAAAUGCAGCAAUUAUUGCAUACACAUAAUGUGUUAUGAGACAUAAAAAUAUAAAUUAAAUACACAGAGGACAUAAGAAAAGGAAAUUAAAUGAGCUCAAAUAUACCUACAAACGAGGCAUAAUGAUGCAAUAUGUACAUACAGCUAGCCUAAAUAGCAUGUUAGCUUCAGUUAGCUUGCAGUCAUGCACUGACCAAAUAUGCCUGAUAAGCACUCCACACAAGUCAAUAAGAUCAACAAAGUUCAACUUUGUGCAUUCACGCACAGCAUAAAACGUUUGUUGGACAAAAUGAGACAAAGAAGGAGUGGCAUAAAAUGUCCUUCUGUGGCAGCGCUGGAGAAAGUUGUACAUGUAAACGACGGUGCGUUCAAGGACCGCCGAAAUGAGUAGGACAAAACGGCGCUCGCCAAAUCCUCUCAUCAGAGAAGCAUGUUUAAUAUAAACAGUGGGAUUUCUACCAUUUAGGAAGGUUUGUGUCAUGUUUGUUCUCCUACAGAAAAUAUAUUGAAACAAAAAUUAUAUUUUCUUCACCAUUUUUUCCAUUUUCAUACAUUUUUGAAAAAGCUCCAGGGAGCCACUCGGGCGGCGAUAAAUAACCGCAUGCGGGUUGCCGACCCCCGCCUUAUGAGUCCUUUAACUUAAAGACCUACACAAGACUAGACUCACUUAAUUCUGGCACUGUGUUCCCAUUACUGUUCCUUUCCUGCUCCUUUUCAAGAGGCUAUCUCUGCUGUUUUAGUAGGCACUCUCAGGUUAUCCUGUCAUCUAUGAAGAUGGAAUCAAUCACUGAGACAAGAAAGUCAAGCAUUUGAUUCAUUUCACUGUUGUGUGUUGCCAGUGUUGUCUUGUUUGUGCAAAAUUGGACAUUUUAGAGCUGCACACGGCACAGAAAUCCUUUUUGUGACCAGUUUCCUAAUGGCCUUGACUGGGAGUUUUUUUUUUUUUUUAAGGUGCUUUGUAUAAAGUUGACAAUGACAUUUAUUACAUAUGUUGUGUAUAUGUUUGAUAUUCUAAUAUCUAUCCUAUUUUGUGACCAGGAGAAUAAAUGUAGAAAAUCCAAAUGCCAGUGGUGUGUCUAUUGGUACUGCACAGGGUCUGAUCUUUGCUUUGUAACCCGCCCCCCCUCCCCUCAUGGCUCUAGAAUAUGCUAGAUAUUUUGUAGCUUUGUAGAGACUUUGUAUGCAUAUGUUAUUCACUUUCAAAUAA